UGCAAAGCAUUGCAUUUGCAGCUUGCAGUGGAAUCCCCGGGCCCGGGCAGGUCAGGUGGGAGCCAGCCAAUCAGCGCCUUCCUUGGAACAUUCACCCGGAAAUGCAAGCCCAGCGCGCGAAAGGAGUCCAGAGACUCGUGCAUUUCUAUUACAGUUUAUGGAAGAGUAUUAUCAGCAGGAACUGUAUGGCAUUGAAGAUGAGUUCGAGGAGCAGUUUGCAGAUGAGUUGGAAGUUUUGGCUGAGCUGGAAGAGGAAACCCCUCCAGCUCCAUCCCAUAAAGUCUCCAAACUCCGGAGCCAAAAACGGACCUUUGAGGAAGCUCUGUGUGCAGCGGAUUUGGAUAGGAAACCCACUGUCGUAGGUUGCCAUCUGAGCAUCAAAAGGGAUCCUAAAGAUCCCGCCCUCCCAAAUGGCAAGGAAAAUGCCCCAAGUCCAGAAUGCCUCCCAAUGCAUGCAGAAGAUCCACCACUCGAUGAAUAUGAAGCCAUCCAAACUCCCAAGCCAAAGCGGCAGAGGUGCCUUGAGGCCGUGAAGAAGCUGGACUUCGGAACCAAUGACGGAACGGAUGCCAAAGUUCCUUGCAAAGGGGACGUCUCUCCUCCUCUUUCGCCCCCUUCGGAACCUCAGGAUGCAAGAACCCCAAGCUUCAUUUCCCCAAACACUUCAGGGCUGGACGGCAUGGGGCCCUUGCGGGUGACGCCCCCAAACAGAAGGGUGCUUCGGAGGCCCCCCAUCCUGGAGGACUACGUCAACGUGACCUCGACCCACGGCACCCGGGUCUUCAUGGUGGUGAAAGAGGACCCCAACAAGCCAGAGAUUUCCAGCUCCAUUGGGCAGAAUGGAAGAAGGCCGCUUCAUCUACUAGGAGUUCCAUUUUCCUAUUUAAAGGAGCAAGUAGCGGAAGAGCGUCGGAAGCAGAUCCAUGCAUCUUCGCAGCUGCUGACAGAGGUUCUGAACAGCUGCCUCGGCGAUGAAGAGGAGCCUGCGAUGGAGGAGGAAGCUGCAAAAGAGGAAGGGGACGAGGCCACUCCGCAUUCCCUUUGGGUCGACCGGUUCAGUCCCAGGCAUUAUGUGGAGCUGCUCAGUGACGACUUCACGAACCGCUGCCUGUUGAAGUGGCUGAAACUGUGGGAUCGGGUGGUGUUUGGGAGGGAGCAGCCCCCUAAGAAGGUCCGCCACGAAGCCACUCCAGCACCCCGUCCGGCCAAAGAGCAGUCGAGCAAAUGGAAAUCCAAGGCCCAAGCCACCGAGGAGGCCCUGGAAGCCCAGCUGGACCCCCAGAACCGGCCCAAGUACAAGGUUGCCCUCCUGUGCGGCCCCCCUGGUUUGGGGAAGACCACCUUGGCACACGUCAUUGCAAAGCAUGCUGGGUACAACGUAGUGGAGAUGAAUGCCAGCGACGACCGCAGUCCGGAGGCCUUCAAGACGCGCAUCGAAGCCGCCACUCAAAUGCGGUCGGUCCUGGGAGCCAAUGAGAAGCCCAAUUGCCUGGUCAUUGAUGAGAUUGACGGUGCCCCCACGGCCUCCAUCAAUGUGCUGUUGGGGAUCGUCAACCGGAAGGCGGCGGAGAAGGAAUCGGAACCCGGAUCCGGAAAGACAAAGCGGAGGAAGGAGGGCGGGCUCCUCUUGCGGCCCAUCAUUUGCAUUUGCAACGACCAAUACGUCCCUUCGCUGCGUCUUCUGCGGCAGCAAUCUUUCCUUCUCAACUUCCCCACAACGUCCCAGUCCCGACUGGUCCAGAGGCUGCAGGAGGUCACCGCCUGUCAAGGCAUGAAAGCUGACCCUGGGGCUCUGGUGGCUCUGUGCGAGAAAACGGAGAAUGACAUCCGCUCAUGCAUUAACACCUUGCAGUUCCUCUACAGCCGAGGGAAGAAAGAACUGACCGCCAGGACGGUCCAGAUGGCCAAAGUGGGCUUGAAAGACCAGAACAAGGGGCUGUUUUCUGUCUGGCAGGAGAUCUUCCAGCUCCCAAAGAUGCAGAGGCAAAGGAUAGGGACGGGCCUUUCGAUGUCGUCCGGCGGAAACGAGGGCCUCUUUACGGCGAGUGGGCGGACGUCAGUGAAUGCAGCCGAGCAACGGUUCCAGCGCAUCCUGCAUCUCGGUGCAUCCUCUGGGGAGCAUGAGAAGCUCAGCCAGGGUCUGUUUGAGAACUUCCUCCGCAUGAAGGUGAAGGGUUCCUCCUUGGACUUGGCCUGCCUGGGCCUGGAGUGGCUGGGCUUCGCUGACUUGGUCAACCAGGUGGCCCUGAAUGGGCAGAGCUUCCACCUGCUGCGCUUCCUGCCCUUCCUCCCCGUCGCCUUCCACUUCCUCUUUGCUGCCCCCAACGUCCCCCACCUGGCCUUCCCCAGCAGCCAGCAGGAGUGCCUGGCGAAGCGGAGCCAGAGGCAGAACCUGGUGUCAUCCAUGGCGACUGGGAUGGGGCCAGGUUCUCGCAGCCGCUUCGGGUUCCAGGUUCUCGUCCUUGAGGUUCUCGACUUCCUCUUGGAAAUCAUCUCUCCAAAGCUGAGGCCGGUGAACCCACAGCUGUUCAGCCAGAAGGAGAGGCAGCAGUUGGCGGAGCUGGUGGGCACCAUGCUGGCCUUCAACCUGACCUUCCUCCAGGAGCGCAGCCCCGACGGGACCUACCUCUUCGCCCUCGAACCGAACGUGGAGGAAGUGUGCCGUUUCCCGGAUCUCCCGUCUCGGAAACCGCUCUCCUAUCAGACCAAGCAAUUGAUCGCGAGGGAAAUCGACUUGGAGAAGAUGCGGCGGAUGGAAGCCCUUCUCCAGGCCAGGAAUGCCGAUCCGUUCUCCAUGACAAGCUCAAGCCAAGAAAAAGAAGAGCAGAAAGGAAAACUGAAAUCUGGGAUCCGAAACCAUGAGCAGCGCCUGGACCAGAUUGUGAAGAGAGCCACCUUCGAGGAAAAGCCGGAAACUGACUUCUUCGGCCGCAUCAUUGUCAAGAAGAAGGCGACUCCUUCAACAGCUGACCAAAUCCCCGAAAAGAACCCCGUAGAAAAGCAGAUCGGGAAAGCGGUAGGAAACAGUGACGUCUGGUUCCGGUUCAACGAAGGAGUUUCCAAUGCCGUUCGGAGAAACGUCUACAUCAAGGAUCUGUUCUGAGGGCGAAAUCAGAGCCACGGAAGAGAAUAUGUUUUGCAUGUGCUAUACAGGGAUUUUGUUUUGUAUGACUUUCCAUUCCAUUGAGAAAUAAAUGACUUCGAGACACA